ACCAACACUGGCAAUGACUGUAGGAAAUUUGCUGGUCAUAUCACAAAUUGUUUAAAGCGUACGCUAUUCUGAAAUAUAUAGUUAAAAUUAUAAAUUUUUACUGUUGUGAAGAAAACCUUGGAAAUCAAGCAAAAUGUCUCGUGGAAGUUCUGCCGGUUUCGAUAGACACAUUACUAUCUUCUCACCCGAGGGACGCCUCUACCAAGUUGAAUAUGCAUUUAAAGCAAUUGGACAGGAAAAUAUUACUACGGUAGCCCUCAAGAGCGGUGACUGUGCCGUGGUGGCCAGCCAGAAGAAGGUAACCGAGAAAAAUAUUGUGCCCGAAACGGUAAGCCAUUUGUUUCGCGUAACCAGGAAUAUAGGCUGCGCCAUGACUGGGCGCAUUGCUGAUUCUCGCUCUCAAGUGCAGAAGGCACGAUAUGAGGCUGCUAACUUCCAGUAUAAAUACGGCUACGAAAUGCCAGUGGAUGUACUUUGUCGUCGCAUCGCAGACAUCAAUCAGGUCUACACGCAAAAUGCUGAAAUGCGUCCCCUCGGCUGCAGCAUGGUGUUGAUUGCCUACGACGAUGAACUGGGACCUAGUGUUUACAAAACCGAUCCUGCUGGCUAUUUCAGUGGCUACCGUGCCUGCUCCGUUGGCGCCAAAGUGAUUGAGGCCAACAGUUAUCUGGAAAAGAAAUACAAGAAUAAUCUGUCCGAGGAAAAGACCAUACAAUUGGCCAUCACCUGUUUGUCUCAUGUGCUAGCCAUUGAUUUUAAGCCUAAUGGCAUUGAGAUUGGUAUUGUGAGCAAAUCUCAGCCAGCAUUCCGUAUGCUUGACGAAAAGGAGAUCGAGGAUCACCUCACCAAGAUUGCCGAAAAGGACUAAGUCGCUCGGUCUAGAUGUAUGUAUAUUUUGCAUAAUUUUUGAAUGAAAAUAAAACACGGAUGUUUAGGGAUUUGA